GGAGUUGUUGAAUGCAAAUAAUCGAAAACAUCAGAAUACAUUGCGAAUCUGUUGCGGGUUUGCUGCGACGAUUGGGGUAUUAAAAACGAAACAAUUUCUUGUGUAACGACCGAACUCGGUGCAAACAUACAAGCAAAGCAGUCCUUGUACAAAGAAGCAUACGCAGCUCGGAUGGAGCCGGUCAUAGAAGAGGAUAACGACGAUGAACUGGAUGGUGUUGAGGAUCAUUGUACGAUAGAGGUUUCCAUUACACCAGAGAAAAAUAGGAUAUAUAUAUAAUCAAGAAGAUGAAAACAAUAAUCAAGUUCUUCAAAGCAAGUGAAACAGCCACCAGAGAACUGAGAAAACUGCAGUUGGCCGAUAAUAAAAAGGAAGGACAAUGUCUAGGACUAGUGUUGGAUGUCCGAACACGAUGGAAUUCGAUUAUGGCAAUGAUAGAAAGAUUCCUUGUAAUGGCACACUAUAUUUCAACGGUACUGCUCGUUGUUCCUAAAAAACCAACUAUGUUAACAGCAGAUGAGUUGUCAAUUUUGAAAGGAAUCUGCAAAGUUCUCCACCCAUUGGAAACAGUAACUACCGAAAUGUCAGCUGAAAAGUACGUGACGAUCAGUAAAAUUAUCCCGUUGGUUCGGUUGCUAAAAAUCAGCUAUACAAGUAUGCAGUUUGAUUCUGCUGAAGCUAUGUCUGUAAAAAACAGCAUUAUGCUGCACAUCAUGAAAUAUUUCAAUGAUGUAGGAAAAAGAAAACUCUUCGCGGUCGCAACGCUUCUUGAUCCCCGAUUCAAGAAAAUAUAUUUUGAAAGUCCUCUCACGGCGGCUCCCGCUAUUUCAUGGGUUGGGGAAUUUGUUAGAACAGCUGCGGAAGAGUCACCUGAAUUCGAAAACGAUCUUCAGAUAUCAGGAGAGCCAGAAACAAACACCACUUGUGGGCGAUUCAUGAUUCCAUGGUAGCUGAAAGCAAUCGUGUGCAUGGAAAUGACAGCGCCGGAGGAAUUCCCAUUGAACUGAGGCAGUAUUUAAAUACUACACUCGCUCCGAGGACCUGUGACCCACUUAUAGUGUGGAAUGAAAUACGAGCACAGUAUCCAAACGUGCAUAAAAUUGCUAUUCAAUUUUUAUGUAAUUCAGCGACGUCUGUUCCUUCGGAACGUUUGUACUUUGACUAAGCAAAGAAAUCGCUUGUCCGAUUCUAACUUAGACAUGAUAUUAUUCCUACAAUCGAUCGAUGAAAAUGUUUGGUUUUCGUAAAGGUGCGAGAUAGCUGAAAAAUUGCGAUAUUACGUUGCAUCGUUUUAGUGUCUACUGCACAGAGAAAGACACUUUUUGUA